AGAGAGCAAUGAGAUGAACGGUACACCUCGGUGCGAGGGCUCCCAACGGCAACCCAAAGCCGGCGUCAGCGAUCCUCGAUUUGAAUCGACGGCGGUCGGCGGCUCCGUCCGGCUCCCAAGUUUCAAGCUGGCCCGGUGUCCCCCGCCGCUAGCCGGCCUCCAUUCCUCGCCGCCGGCCGCGAUUCCCACCUCCAGCGCGGCGGCGCUUCACCGAGGAUGGUGAUGAGGGGGCUCGGCGUCGGCGUCGCCCCCCGCCGCGCUCCGGCGGCGGGUCCUUCAUCCGGUGGAGACGAGAACGAGCCACCUGGCGUGUCGAGCGCCGCUGCCUCCCGGCCUCCUCUCCGCGCCAUCCAGCCGCGGCCGGCGCCGGCCGCGAGCAGCCGGAAGCUGCAGUGGCCGGCGCUGACGCCCAGCAGGGGUCCUGGGGCUCGGGCGGCGGCGGGCAAGGCACCGGCGCGGCGGAGCGCCUCCCAUGCGCCGGCGAGGAGCUUGAGGAAGCCGGCGCCGAGGUUGGGGCUCGCGACGACGGGGGCGGCGAGUUCUGGGGAGGCGCCGCCGCCGUUCAAGGUCCGAGAGGCCAUCUCUUUCUGGGAGGAGAACCGCCACAAUGUGCAGGAUGCUUUGUCUAUGUCGCAACAACAUGACUCGGAUGCCCUUGCAAAGAUAGACAGCUGUUCUGAUGAAGGUUCUGUGAGGAACACAGAGGAGAUAUUAAGCCUGCAGCUGGAGUUGGACAUGCUUAAAACAAUUCUCAUGGAAGAGGUAAAAGCCCGUGCAGAAGCUGAGGACAGGGCAGCUGCUUUAGGUGAUGAGCUGAAAGCAGCAAAUUUUCAUGUCCUUGAAGCUUGCAGGCAGAAGGAAGCCACAGAAAAGGAUAUGGAAACUGUUGAAUCGAAUUUGAUUGAUGUGAUAAAAGAAUUGAAUGAGCUGCAGAAAAAUAAUUUCCAAAGCCCAGUGUUUCCCAAGAAGAUGGAUAUGGAAACCUCCAGGUUAAACAGUGCGCUUGACACCCAUUGUCGCAAUGAAUAUGUACCCUAUGAAGAUCCCAAAAUGCAAACUUUGAAGUGCUUAGAUAUUGAAGAUUCACCUUUGGGUACAAAGCUGAAAAGAAUACAGGCUUCACUUGAGAAAGCACGCAACUUCAAUACAAGAUACCAACAGGAUCAGGCAUCUCGCGGUUGUGCUGAGCAAGAAAAUGAUGAAGUAUGUAGGGAAGUGAUAUUAUCCUUAACAGAACAACUUUUUUCAGUCCAACUGCAGCUAAAUGCCAGUAAGAAAAAUGAGCUGCUGGCCAGACAAAACCUUGAUGAAAUUCGCAGAAUAGAGUUUUUGUUGGAUGAAUCCAUUGAAGCACUUGUGCAGACGGAGGUUCUUGAACAAAACUAUGUUUCUUUGCUAAGGGGGAUGGAAGAAGAGAUCUGUCAGCUAAAGUCACAGCUAAACCAGUCAGACAGAUGCUACGAAGUUAGACUGAAAGAACUGGAGAUAAAAAUGCAAGAAUUGAAGGUUGAGGCUUCAGCAUCACUUGCUUCAUGGAAUAAAGAAAGAGAGAUAGCGGAGCAGAGGAAGGCAUAUGUUGAACAGAAGAAUGAAGAAAUCAAGAUCUUGGAGUUGUCAAAUGAGGAUCUUAAGGUUGAUGUAUGUGAAUAUGAAAAAAAGGUGAACAUGAAGGAAGAAGCAGAACAUCAAAGGAGGCAGCAAGGAAAAAUAGAAGUAGAGCUGCAGAAUGUCAGACAACAAUUGCGAGCUGUGACAUCCUCUGGGAAAGCAGGGAGCUUCCUGGAAGAUGGAAUAGUUGAUUUAGCCGACACAACCAGGUUCCAGAGUGAUAUGAAUAGUGAGCUAUCGGGUGCUCAGGAGGGUAGAAUAUUUCAGAGAGAGGUCUCUGUUGAGCCAGCUCCUCAAGUGGAGCACCCAAAUGAGCCUUUUUCAAAUGAGUACAUGCAGGAGGUUGACCAGUCAGAUGUAGAGAUGGAAAAGGCACAAUCAUCAGAUAUGGAUUACUGGUCAGAGAACUCAAAGUUUGAGCACCCCAGUGCAUGUGAGGAGCUGGAGCAGAUCAGUGCAAGUAAGCAGCCUGAGUUAUUUGGCAGUGGUGCAUGUAGUGAUCAGUCCCUGCCAGCUGUGGAGUCAGUGAUUGAAGUUCUGAAGGUGAAUGAGUUGCCUCCAGUUGCCCCAGUGCGGCCCAACGAUCCAGUGAACUACAUGAGGGCCCCUUCUGAUGAGCUGAAGAGGCUCAGAAGCAGGAAUCACUAUGAGGGGCAUAGAACAGCAACAGACAGGAGAUUCUGGUCCAUUGAGCAGCAGGACUUAUACACCUCCAUAUACAGUAGGGCGAAAUUGUUUGAUAUGAAGUGGAUAGACUGGGAACACAUUGAUAGCAUUGAUCAGUUUGCUUGUGUCAGGGAGCAAUGUGCCCAUCUGGGGCUUGAGCAGAUCAUAAGUUAUCAUUGUGAUUGGAACAGUGAGCUGAUUAAGCAAUUUUACUCCACAGUUCACAUCAGCGCCGACAAGAGCUCCAUGACUUGGAUGGCAGAUGGCAGGAGGAUCACUACCAACAAGAGAGCAUGGGAGGAGAGGUUUGGCAUUCCUGGUGGUGUGCAGACUGAGAUUCACUCGCAGUUUUUGCUUGAUGAUGAUGACAAGAGGGUCCUGUACACUGAUGCAGAAUGGACGCUUGGCCAAAUCAGCGGCCUCUCUCCUUUGCCUAGCAUAGCCAAUAAGAUUAUUAGGACGACCAUCUAUCCCAAGACUGGAAAUACACUUCACGCACAUAACUGGAACCUCCUACAUCAUAUUGUGGAGCAGCAUCCAUUUGACAUCAUUGCUUUGAUCUUUGGUGAGAUAGAAUUGCUUAUUUCGGAUCGCAAUCGCACUAAGGACCUGCUGUUAUAUGCACCAUACAUCAUGGGGAUGAUUAUGGGAGCUUUUGAAUAUGAUGGACCUAGAGAAUCCAGGCACCAUUCCUACAAGCCUAGGCAUUCCUACAAGCUGAAACGGACAAGAAGAGUUAGUCGUCCACCAGCAUCUUCAGUAGCUGCACCUUCUGAGCAACCUCCUUCAACAUUUCAGCCAGAGGUUGAGGCCCAUGUUGAUGCAGACCACCACCGCCAGUUCAAGGCAGCCGGACAUCGGCCCCAGGGAGAGGGAGAGGCAGUCAAGGAGCAAACCGUGCUAGCUCAGGCUAUCACACGCACGGAUCUCCUUCAGGUUGUUGAUGAUAGACUCAGGCCCAUAAGAGAUUCAUUAACAAGCAUGGAGGGCAGGAUUGGCAGAAUUAAGGGUGGACACGCUCUCCCGGUGCAGCAUACUACUCCAGCUCAGAUCCCAGCUCCACACUCCUUUCUGGCGCCAUCCCUUCAGGCUACUACUCCGGCUCCAGCAGUUUCGUCUUCCAAGCUGUCCAGCAGGAUGCACACUCACAAUUCCAGUGUCUCAGCUCAACCAGCUCAUAUGAGCCCAUGUCCUUUUAGUCAGCCAGUUCUUGUGAGGCCAAGUCCUUUUAGUCGCUUUCCUUGGUAUCAAGGGAAGAAGUGAUGGGCAUGGAGCAGAAGGCAAUCGGAGAUUGGGCGGCAUGGCAGCAGAGAUCUUGCUCCCUGGAUGAAGGCCUGCCCAGACUACUGCUGCUGAUGCCAUGAGCCCGAUCUAUCGGCUAGCUUAUAAUUGCAUAAUGCAACCGAUUCAACCAGACAAAAGGAGGCAAGUAAACAUGGACAAGCUGAAUAUUACAGAUUAAACUGAGGCAACAAACUUCUGGUGGGAUGUUAAUUGCAUUGAUUCCGUCUGAAAGGAUUUAUCUA